AGAAUUUGGAGGGGAUAUAAUGGUCAUUUGGAGGGAUUGGCCACGACUUCUAGACUUCGCCCUCACCAGUCACCGUUGCAUAAACACGCCGGGAAAGAUCCAAAUCCUUCUCGCAUUGCAAUACUGAAGUUUCAACUAUUUCUCGAUUUGAGAACUCGUGGUAUAGGCAGCUGCAGCCGCGAAUUUCCUUCCUCCGCCGGAGAUCGUCCUUCCAGUUUUCUAUGUCUAAGAUCUGACUCUAAUCGAGCUCGUACUCUUCAACAAUGGAGUUUUGGGGUGGAUUUAGGGUCUGGGUUUUAACCGUGUGCUUGAUAUUUCAAUCUGGAUAUGGGUUUUAUCUUCCGGGGAGUUACCCUCUCAAACAUGUUGUGGGCGAUGAAUUGUCGGUGAAGGUUAAUUCCAUAACCUCGAUCGAUACUGAAAUGCCAUUUAGCUAUUAUAGUUUGCCGUUUUGCAAACCUCAAGGGGGCGUUAAGGAUAGUGCUGAAAAUCUUGGUGAGGUUCUUAUGGGGGAUCGGAUUGAGAAUUCGCCAUAUCUGUUUAAGAUGUAUAAGAAUCAGACAGAUGUGUUCUUGUGUCAGACAGAUCCAUUGACUGAUGAUCAGUUUAAGAUCUUAAAGGAGAGGAUUGAUGAGAUGUAUCAGGUGAACUUGAUCCUGGACAAUUUACCGGCAAUCCGGUAUACCAAGAAAGAAGGAUAUCCAUUGCGUUGGACAGGAUACCCUGUAGGAAUCAAUCUCAAGGGCUCCUACUAUGUCUUUAACCAUUUGAAAUUUAAGGUUCUUGUUCACAAAUACGAGGAGACGAACGUUGCGAGCAUAAUGGGAACGGGUGAUGCUGCAGGUGUGAUCCCAACAGUCAAUAAACAGGAACUAGAUGUUCCAGGAUAUAUGGUUGUUGGAUUUGAGGUUGUACCCUGCAGCCCUUUGCACAAUGUGGACUUAGUUAAGAACUUAAAGAUGUAUGAAAAGUAUCCAAAUCCUGUUCCAUGUGACCCUGCUAGUGUGUCAAUGCAAAUUAAGAAAGGCCAAUCUAUAGUGUUCACGUAUGAGGUUACGUUUGAAGAGAGUGACAUCAAGUGGCCAUCUCGAUGGGAUGCUUAUUUGAAGAUGGAGGGUUCAAAAGUUCAUUGGUUUUCAAUCUUGAACUCUUUAAUGGUGAUAACGUUUCUUGCCGGUAUUGUUCUUGUAAUUUUCUUGAGGACUGUUAGACGAGAUCUUACACGUUAUGAGGAGCUUGACAAGGAGGCUCAAGCGCAGAUGAACGAGGAGUUAUCUGGUUGGAAGCUUGUUGUGGGGGAUGUUUUCCGUGCUCCAGCCAAUCCUGCACUUUUGUGUAUAAUGGUUGGUGAUGGGGUUCAGCUUCUAGGGAUGGGAAUUGUGACCAUAUUGUUUGCUGCUCUUGGGUUCAUGUCCCCAGCAUCCCGUGGAACGCUUAUUACAGGUAUGCUAUUUUUCUAUAUGAUUCUCGGUGUUGCAGCAGGUUAUGUCGCUGUACGUCUUUGGAGAACGAUUUGUUGUGGUGACCACAGAGGAUGGGUUUCAGUCUCAUGGAAGGCUGCUUGUUUCUUCCCAGGCAUUGCCUUUCUAAUUCUUACCAUACUGAAUUUUCUAUUAUGGGGUAGUCAAAGCACGGGAGCGAUUCCAUUUUCGCUCUUCGUUAUCCUACUUUUGCUGUGGUUCUGUAUAUCAGUCCCUCUUACUCUUGUUGGUGGGUAUUUUGGUGCCAAGGCACCUCACAUUGAGUAUCCUGUUAGAACCAACCAAAUCCCACGGGAAAUUCCGCCCCAGAAAUACCCGUCAUGGCUUUUAGUCCUAGGCGCUGGCACACUUCCUUUCGGCACCUUGUUCAUCGAACUCUUCUUUAUCAUGUCUAGCCUCUGGAUGGGUCGUGUCUAUUACGUUUUCGGGUUUCUCUUCAUAGUGCUAGUGCUUCUUGUUGUCGUGUGUGCUGAGGUAUCCCUGGUUCUAACCUAUAUGCAUCUAUGCGUGGAAGACUGGAAAUGGUGGUGGAAGUCUUUCUUUGCUUCUGGUUCAGUUGCCUUAUACAUCUUCUUGUACUCGAUUAACUAUCUCAUCUUCGAUCUCAAGAGCUUGAGCGGACCCGUCUCAGCCACUCUGUACCUUGGGUAUUCACUCUUCAUGGUUCUUGCAAUCAUGUUCACAACUGGAACGGUUGGAUUCCUCUCGUCGUUCUGGUUUGUGCAUUACUUGUUCUCUUCUGUGAAGCUGGACUGAGUAAUCCCAUCAUGCCCAAAAUCCAGAAACCAUUAAGAAGUGCAGCAGUGUUCGAGGAGCAAAGACUGUAAGUUCUUGGCAGAUGUUCUAUCUUGUAUUAGUCUUGUUUUUUACAUUCAAAUCCAGCAUGGAUAUCUAGAUAAUCUAGCAGCAGUACUUGGUCAAAAGUUUUGCUUCCUCUUAUUUCAUGAACCUGAGUUUAUUUACAGCUUUUGUUAUAGAAAAGAACAAAAUUAGUUCAUUAUUGGUGGAUGUUGAAGAACCUUUUUGUGA